CUUCGCUCUUUUUUCCCUUCAAGCACAUUGCCACCAGGAGGCAAGGCACUGCCCCUUUAAAUGCAUCCCUUUCCCCUCCUCCUCCUCCUCGGCUGAACGAGACACCAUUUUCCAAAAAGGAGACUGGAAUCCCACCAGAACCAUAGAGGGGGAUCAGGAGAAGUCUACGGGAACAAAGAAGGGGCUCAGCACUUGGAGAAGUGACCUAGGGGAGGAGGAGUGCUGGCGGAAUCCCCCCCUUCCUCCUCCCUACCUGCAAGACAUGGCUGCAAACAUGUACAGGGUUGGAGAUUAUGUCUACUUUGAAAACUCUUCAAGUAAUCCUUACUUGAUAAGAAGAAUAGAGGAACUUAACAAGACUGCAAAUGGAAAUGUGGAAGCAAAAGUCGUCUGUUUCUAUAGGAGGAGAGAUAUAUCCGGCACACUUAUCUCUUUAGCAGACAAACAUGCAAGAGAAAUGGAGGAAGAAAUGGAAAAUCCAGAGAUGGUGGAUUUACCUGAAAAAUUAAAGCAUCAAUUAAGACACAGAGAGCUGUUUUUAUCUAGGCAGCUUGAAUCUUUACCAGCUACCCAUAUACGGGGCAAAUGCAGUGUUACACUCUUAAAUGAAACAGAAUCCUUAAAAUCUUACCUGGAAAGAGAGGAUUUCUUCUUUUACUCUUUAGUGUAUGAUCCUCAACAGAAGACUCUUUUAGCAGACAAAGGAGAGAUUCGUGUUGGCAAUCGAUACCAAGCUGAUGUAACAGACCUGCUAGAGGAAGGAACAGAAGAUGGAAGAGACCAAGCUGACCUUGAAACGAAAGUUUGGGAAGAAAACAGCCCCCUUACAGACAAACAGAUAGACCAGUUUUUAGUAGUAGCACGUUCUGUAGGUACUUUUGCACGUGCAUUAGACUGCAGUAGCUCUGUCCGACAGCCUAGUCUACAUAUGAGUGCAGCUGCUGCCUCUAGAGACAUCACACUGUUCCAUGCUAUGGACACACUGCACAAAAAUUGUUAUGAUAUCUCCAAAGCCAUUUCUGCAUUAGUACCCCAAGGAGGUCCUGUGCUUUGUCGAGAUGAAAUGGAGGAAUGGUCUGCUUCGGAAGCCAAUCUGUUUGAAGAAGCUCUGGAGAAGUAUGGCAAAGACUUUACUGAUAUUCAGCAAGAUUUUUUACCAUGGAAAUCUCUGACCAGCAUAAUAGAAUAUUAUUAUAUGUGGAAAACAACAGACCGAUAUGUACAGCAGAAACGAUUGAAAGCAGCAGAAGCAGAAAGCAAAUUAAAACAAGUGUAUAUCCCUAAUUAUAACAAACCAAACCCAAACCAGAUUACUGCAAAUAACAUUAAGCCAGCAGUAGUAAAUGGAACAGUGGUACAAGGCCCAAAUGUGGGAGCAGGUCGGGCCUGUGAAAGUUGCUACACAACACAGUCCUACCAGUGGUAUUCUUGGGGACCUCCAAAUAUGCAGUGCCGAUUAUGUGCAUCAUGUUGGGCAUACUGGAAAAAGUAUGGUGGUUUGAAGAUGCCAACCAGACUGGACGGUGAGAGGCCGGGUCCAAAUCGUAAUAAUAUGAGUCCACAUGGUCUCCCUAUGAGAGCCAGCGGAAGCCCAAAAUUUGCAAUGAAAACACGACAAGCAUUUUAUCUACAUACUACAAAGCUGACCAGAAUUGCUAGGCGGAUAUGCCGGGAUAUCUUCCGCCCACAGUAUGCUGCAAGACAUCCAUACAUGCCCAUCAACAGUGCUGCUAUCAAAGCAGAGUGUACAACAAGGCUUCCAGAAGCUUCAAAAACUCCACUGAUACUAAAACAGAUUGUCAGAAAACCUUUAGAACAAGUUCUACGGUAUAUAGAGGCACACCCCAGCACUCCUAAGUUGGACUCGAUAAAAAACCUCUCGAUGAGCAUCAGUAAUACCCUAACCCCGGUUAAAUCUUCACCAGUUAUCAACAAUGGGUCACCAACAAUCUUGGGCAAGCGGAGCUAUGAACAGCAUAAUGGUAUGGAUGUCUCCGAAAAUGAAGAAGUUGCUACAGUACGAAAAUUUUCGGAUGACAGAACAAAAAUUUGCAACAUGAAGAAGCGCCUUCUGAUGCCAAGUAGGGGUAUUCCUAACCACGGACAAACCAGACAAAUGGGACCAAACCGAAACUUACUGCUCAAUGGGAAAUCCUACCCAGCAAAGGUCAGAUUAAUCCGAGGAGGCUGCUUGCCUCCAGUCAAGAGGAGGCAGAUGAAUUGGAUUGAUGCUCCCGAUGAUGUUUUUUAUAUGGCAACAGAGGAAACAAGAAAAGUUCGAAAGAUGCUCUCAUCCUCUGAAACCAAGCGAGCUGCCCGUCGGCCUUACAGACAUAUAGUUAUCUGUCAGUCUCAGGUGGGAUUACCUAUGCGUCACCCUGUCAAUGAUGAGCCAAUUGUUAUUGAGGACUAAGAGUCAUCUGAAGAGAUAAUCUGCAAGAGUCUCCAUAGAAGAUUCUUCUCAUGAUGAUACUUGACUUUGAAAGUGUUGAGUUCAUUAAAACUUUUUGCAGCUGUUUGCAUCUUUUAAAAGAUUCCAUGCUUUGUAAAAGCAUCAAAAUCUAAAGACUUGUUAAUGCUUUGGUUAAUUUUUGUUAACCCAGUCAUUUCCUCAUAAACAUGUACAAUUUUUUUGUUAUUAGUACAUUUUCUUUAUUUUGGGAUAUUUUUGACUGGUGUUGGCUAGCCACAAAGAAAAUGUAACAUGUUAAAAGGGACAGUUAUGGUUUAGUGUUCGAUUUCAUUGCAAUUACAAAUAAGAUUCUAAAACUUUGUACACUUGAAAAUGUAUUAUUAUUGCUGAUGCCUUUCUUUUUACAAGAUGUAUUGAUUUUUUGGAAGUGCCAUUUAAUGUUUGUUUGUUUUUUCCCCCCAUUUAUAGACUGAAUAAAAACAAAUCUAACUUAUGGAAUAUAAUUUUGAGGAAAAUGUCUGAUAAAAUAUAAUUGUGCUUCUUGUGCUAUGGGAUUAAAGUUUAGCAUCAAAAUGUUUCCAUACAUAUUCAUUCAUUUUGGGAUAAAAAUAAAUGCAUUCACAUAGAAACCAUUAUGCCAAGAUUUUUUACAAUGAACUGUUCAUAUGUUAGUUUAUAUUUAAAAUAAAUCUCUGGUUUCACCAAUCACCCAUUUAUUCACCAGUAUUUGGUCUGUUCUGUCCUUGUAACUCUCAGUGCCAUUAAAUCUUUUUUUUUUGCCAA